GGCAACGUACUUAAGUAAUUUGCAAAGCCGAUUGUCAAAGUCAGUGCAAAAAAUCACUUUGGAAUUUCGUGUCGUUCCUUCGUUAUUUCUUCAUAUAAAUUGUGGAAACUGAUUUGCUGUUCUCAGGCUUUAAUCAGACCCACCCGCCUCAACACCGCCUAUCCGAAGACUUGUAUAUUUCACCAAAGCUGACACAUUCCGCACUACCUCGCACCCCUUCUAAAUAAAUUAGUGCUCUACUUAAUUGGAAACAAAAUUAUACAAAUUAGCUCGUCAAUAAGAAAAAUAUCCAAAAGUGAUUAUGUCUCAACUAAAUACACCGGAGAAAGAUGCGGCUGGUAAACCGCCCGCCCAUCGGCAACAGAACGCCCACAGCCCCAAUUUAACGCUGCAGCUUCCCAGUCCAAUUAUAACUAAGCGCACACGCACUGCCUCAACCUCUGCUCGUGCUUUGGAAAAUCCAAUUGAAACUGGUAUUGUAAAAUCAUUCAGCCGCUCAAAAGGACAUGGGUUCAUUACACCUAAAGCUGGUGGUGAAGAUCUUUUCUGUCACGUUUCUGACGUCGAUGGCGAAUAUGUGCCACAGGCCGGCGAUGAAGUAAGAUACCGUUUAUGUGCGAUUCCGCCCAAAUUCGAAAAACAUCAAGCAGUACAUGUACAAAUUAUUAACUUAACACCAGAAGUGCAUCAUAAGUGGGAAGAGCCUGUUUACCCAGAAUCUCCUGCUCAGUAGGAUAAUGCUACAACUUGAUACUUUGCUGAUUUCAUGCCAUAACAUUUGCGGCACCCAUAAAAAAUAUAAGUGUAUAGUUUAAUAAUUUUUGAAAAGACCUAAACAAGCACAUUACUUCAGAAGGGAGCAUUUUGUAUGUACAGAUAAAAUUUUAGAGUCAUACCUCCAACUACAACUACAUAUUAAAAUAUUAUUAACCAAAAAGAAUAUGCGCAAACAAAGUAUAAACAACAAAAGCUAGCGAAUUCCAUAAAAAGAAGAUCAAACUUGGAGAAACUUUUUUGCGUGGUAUACAGUCUACAAGUAACAAUAUGAAGUGUUUAUAAUUGUUCCGAAAAAGUCUCGGUAAGCUACAUAAUGAGUCAUUGAACUUUUUUAUGCGCAUCAGUUUAAAAGUAAAAUGCAGUGCCAGAAGCAAACACGAAAUUUCGUCCAAUACACACCAUAGAAAAAUAAACAACAAAAAAUAUACAGAGGCAC